AUGGAAAUGGUUGAUGGUGAACCACCAUAUUUCAAUGAACAACCAUUAACUGCUAUGCGUAAAAUUCGUGAUCAACCUCCACCAAAAUUAAAAAAUCCACAUAAAACUUCAUCACUUUUACAAGGUUUUCUUGGUCGAUGUUUAGUACGUGAUCCAUCUCAACGAGCAACAGCUAUUGAUUUACUUGAUCAUCCAUUUCUUCGUCAUGCUGGUAAUCCAUCAUGUCUUCAAACACUUCUAUCACAACAAACAAUAGUUAAAGGAAAUUUACAUACAUCAUGA